AGGUCGGCGUUGCGUUUUCUUUCUUCCUCUCCAAGUCUUUUUUUUUUUUUUUUUUUUUUUUUUUUUGUUGCUUUAUUUCUCCCCUUCGUGGUCGUCUUUCGUCGAAUCGUCACAUCCUUUAGCGACGAGCCAGCUGGUAGCAACCGUUACGUGUUUCUGGGACUCGGUGUACUGUUCUCCACUGGUGCACGAGGUGUUUCCGGUUAAUUUUUUUUUGCCUUAAAAGAUCUUACUUUCUAGUAAAAUAACUUUGGAAUCGUUGCAAUAAGAUUCAAGUUUACGGUGUUAAAUGGAUGACGGUUAGAAUGUGAAGAAUGUUAGAAAAAAGAAACGUUACGAAAGAGGAAGAUUAGAAAGAGAAACGGAAAUCCUGGAGGAGAAACGGAAACGCGGCAGUCUCAUGGAAAAUGUGUCAUUUUCUGUCCUUCUCGGCUGGCAAGGAAAUUUAAAGGGACCGCGAAGAAUGGGGGCAGGAGGGGGUAGGAUUGUGUGCCGGGAUGGUGAAGGUGAGAGGGUAGUUAAAGGAUGAAAUAGAGUGGGAUGGAGGGGCGACGGAGAAAUUGAGUCUGGUUCCUCGUAUCUCGUUCGCCGCGCCCCGUGCCAUUAGUUGACCAUGAAGAGUAUCGUUACGAAUCUCUCCCUCUGGAGGACCAGCUGACAGCCUCACUCGACCAAGUGAAACUAUCUACAAGUGAAACAAAUCAGUGUUCAUCGUUUACCAUUCUACAGUAAAGCUUUGCAACGAAAUAAACAACGAAGGAAUUGACCGCGAAGAAAGAAAAAAGAAUAUUCAAGGAACCACGCCAUAAAAUAGGAUAUAUUACGGAACAGAGGCUUCCUUAUUGCGAGGAGACGGGGUAGAUAUUUUUAACGAGUCUUUAUUAACACCGGUUUCUCCGCGUUAACUCCAAUUAGUCUGCACAAAAGCAAGGAAAACCUCAUCUCGAUUUUUCUUACUGGUAUCUUACAUAAGGAGCAAUUCCUGUUGACUCAAUAUUUAAAGAAAUAUGCAUACUAUAAAGCAGGAGAAAAGGAGGUAUUGUCAGAGGAGAGAAAGAACGAGGAUGACGAAGAUAUCCUGCGGAACGUGUAUGGAAGUAUAUGUAUACCUAUCCAGUGGCGGAGGGUCCGCCAGGACCAGCCAGCGAAAACCACCCCUCUUGCCCUUUCCAGUGAAGCGAAAACACACAGAGGGAGCUAGAGUGCGACAGGUGGAGAACAAGGAUGAGGAUGGAAGAGGAGGGAUUGGAGGGAUGGGCAUUUCGGGGUAGCGAAGGAGAAAGAGGCUAGGCUAGUCGUGUUUGGCUCGUGCGACGAGCGCAUGAGAGCGACGAGGAGGGUCUUUGGAGGCGAUGGUGAAGAGGAUGGUGGCCGGUGUUCGGUGGACGAAGAGGGGAAGGAUUAGAGGGUGAGAGUUAGGGGCGACGUAGUGGGGGAUAGAGGCUGGUUCCGUGCGUUUCGUUGGAGAACUCGUACCACUGGGCGACCGUAAAGGUCGUCGUUGCUCUCUCUCCACGUCGGCACAUAGAAGUCGAGCAGCUGGCAGCAACGUCAGCAACGAGGAACGGAUCAGUCCACCGUGUGCCAGCCUCGAGGUCCGUGUUUCUCUCUCUCCCUCUUUUUCUCUCUGUCUGGAUCCUUUGAUCAUCGUUCGCGGUGUGGAGAGGCCUGCUCCGAAUAAUACACGAUACGAUUAUCGAUACACGAAUUUCAUCGAGUAUAUACUUCCUUUUUUUCCUCCGUUCUUAUUCUGUUCUCGUAUAAGAAGUAAUUUAAAGUUCUACUGGCUCUGACGAUGGAGAAGAUGAAACGAAAGGAUUUCGAAGAAAAGAAUACAAGUUGCCGUUUGAGAAUGAAGUUGCUGGGAGAUAUUGCGCGAUUGGGAUUGGAUCUCGACGAUUGGACAAUCUAUAGAGAAAUUGUAUAUCUGAGAGGAUUGGUAGAGGAGAAGGAAGGAUUUAAAGAAAAUCAGCUGUCAAGGUGGCUGUCUUCGUUCACGCGAUCAUGGAAUUACUGUCAACGAUCGACCGUGGCGAUUAGCUGAGCAGGCUCCAUUGCGAAUCCGAGUCCUUCAAAAUGGACUUGAUCCUGGACAUCAACUGCUGGCUUUACCCUAUGGAACUCGGUGAUAAAUUUCGUUUGGUUCUUGCAACGACCUUGAGGGAGGACGGUUAUCCCGAUGGAGGGGAGUGGAAUGCGACGGAACAGGAAGGCGGCUCCAGAGCAGAUAGUUUUGAAUACGUGAUGUCCGGUAUGGUUUAUCGAAUCGAAGGUGACGAGGCAAGCAACGAACCUAGCAGUAGACUAUCUGCCUACGUAUCCUUUGGAGGAUUACUGAUGAGGUUACAGGGUGACGCAAACAACCUACACGGUUUUGAGAUCGACCAGCAUAUGUAUCUACUAAUGAAAAAAUUGGCGUUCUAACUGCAUUACAUGCGCCGCAAUUGUUGAUUUAGGAAAUGUGUGUAUAUUAAAUGCAUUCUUUUCAAGGAGAACGUUAUUAUUAAUAAAUUUAGGAGAAAAGUGA